CCGGCAAUUCGGAACAGUUAGUACGUGAAAUUCGUGACCCCAGAAUAGUGGUUGUCACUGUCAAACAACCGAGCCUUGCAGAGGUACUCAUGGAUUGGCUGACUAUCGGUUUUAUGACACAAAACUGAAUUGUUCACUUCUGCUGUUGUUAAACUGUAAGAGGAAAAUGGUGGGAACAUCAUUAAUGGUAGAAGUGGUCAGGAGCUCUAUUCUCCAGUGUUUCUGUAGGGCGUGUCAUGCGAGUGCUAUCGAGAAACCACGCCCUUCGCCACCGACUCAAGGAAUCGCUAAUACACAACCCAAUAAAAUGGUUCGUCUAGCUACAGAAGUACGUGCUACAGAACAGUCAAAGGGGGGCAUGAAGUAUGAGCUAGUGCUUGCUGAUCCAGCAGAUGUUGCCCCUCCUUGCUUGGCUUCUUCUCCUCCCAAGACCUCCAUGUCUGUAGAAGAUAUUGAAAACAAGCUGAAAGCUGCCGAAGAAAGGAGACAGUCUUUGGAAGCCCAGAAACUGAAUCAACUUAAUGAGAAACGAUCCAAAGAACUAGAAGCUCUUCAGAAGAAGGAAGAAUACAAUGCUGUGUUUAAGCAAGCAGCUCGUAAUAGUCUGGAACAAAAGAUGGAAGCCAACAAAGAAAAUAGAGAAGCAAUUAUAAAAUCUAUUCAAGAAAAGUCUCGUGAGAGAUUGUCAAGAGGUGAAGAAAUACGAAAGUCUCUUGAUGCUCAGACUCAAGAGAUUCUAACAAACAUUCAAAAGAAGAUAGAAAGUGCCACUGAAGCUCGGGAAGCUCAGAUCUCUGCUUUGAGGGAGCGUCUUCGUGAGCACGACAAACGCAUUUCUGAGGUACGACAACAGAUGAGUGCCCAGGUUGAUGACUUAAGAGACCGUUGUCAAAAGAAACUUGAAUUGGCUCAAGAGAAAAGAGACGGCAUUUUUAAAGUGUUGCAAGAAAAGCUUCAAGAACAUAAGCAACAUGUGCUGCAGGUACGACAGAUAAAUGAAAUAAUCAACCAGGAAAAUGAACACAAAAAGGAUUGCAUUAGCAAAAAGCUGGAAGAGGCAGAAAACAAACGUCAGCGUCAGCUCCAGGCAAUCCUAGAAAAACUUCAGGAGCAUGAGAGACAUGCUGAAGAAGUUCGGCUCAACAAGGCUCAGAAUAUCACUGGAGUUACAUCAGGUUAACAUCCAUUGGCAAACUAACCCCUACUUGUGUUGAAACUUAAGCUGAUUGUUAAGUUACCAUAUUCUUUGGCCAACUUUUGCACCAAAUUUGUUUUAUACAGAUAUAUCUAAAUAAAAGCACAUUAAACUGCCCUAACAAAGCUAGUAACUUGUAUAAGUGUCAUGUCUUUACACUACAGUAAGUAAGUAGCAGAUUGCAAAUCUUUUAAGUGCUCUUAAGUUCAUAAGGUAAUUUUAAAAACUGAAAAUAGAUUCUUCUUCUAAAAAGAAGCUAAUAAAAACUUGUACAUCAGUUGAAGUAACUUGUUCAGGAAGUGUUAAUGUACAGUUGUGCAUAAUAUAACUUUUGCUAUGUUCAGUAGUAUUUUUUUGUUACAAUUUAGCCUUAUUGAUCUAAGAUCUGUUUGUUCUCUGUGAUGUUUAUAUUGUAAUGCUUGAAGUGCAUUUAAAAGCAUUUUUUAAUUAUUAUAUUUAAAGUUUUCAUGUGUGCCUUUUGUACCUGUUGGUUAAUUUUUCUACUUGUUUUCUAGUAAAUAUACAUAUAUUGAAGCUUAGAUAUAAUACUCACUUUAAUAUUAAAGUUCCAUUGUUGUGUAUCAAAACAAUGUAAAAGGCUCAUUACCUUAAUCUUCAGGCUAGAAUGCAGUUUUUGAUGUGAAUUUGUAGGUUUAGUCUAGUAAAACAUUUUCCUAUCUUGUAGAAAGCAUAAUUUAGUGAUAUUAUGCAACUACAUUGUCCAUGUCAGUAUCUUAUCUAUGUUCUAUGAGUAAUAUCUGUAUAAUGUACACUUCGUGCUUUUUUAUUAUUAUUAAAAGUUGUAUUAUUCAGACA